AUGGAUAAAUAUUAUAAAGUACCACCAGUUCAAGAGAAAUCUUGUGAACCAAAUGAAAUUAGAUUGCCUUUGCACUCUAGUAGAAUCAGUCCAUCGAUUGAACAUGGACUGAAUCUCUUUGCCAAGGGUGAGGAAAGUGUUUUCAUAAAGGCAGUCGGUUCGAAACUCGUACCGAAAGCAAUCUUUGUCACUGAGAUCUUGAAGCACCGUAUCACUGGAUUGCACCAGAUCACAGAGGUCGGAACAACCGAUGUCCUCACUGUAUACCUCCCAAAGGAGGAGGGUCUCGACAAGGUAGAGCUGACCAAGCCUGCACCAUUCAUCAAGAUCACCCUCUCGAAGCAGCCUCUCGACAGUGCCAAUCCAGGCUAUCAGGCACCGUUACCAGAGAACCAAGUUCACCCACGUGCCACUGGCGACUCGACAACUACCACCGCCGGCAGCACCAAUGCUACCACAUCAUCAUCAUCACCAACCGAAGAAUCACAGGGUGUCGCUAGAAGACGUGGUGGAUUUAGAGGUAGAGGUAGAGGUCGUGGACGUGGUAGAGGUAGAGGUCGUGGAGGUCGUGGUGGAUUUAGAGGUGGUGAUUCACCAUCAUCUAUGGGAGAUGACAAUGUUAACAACGAUAACAACAGCAGCAACAACAACAGCAACAAUAAUAACAACAAUAACUUCAGUUCCGAGUCAGCAGUAACUCCAGAUGCAGAGCCAUCGUCAGAGACAUCACCAACAGGAGAAGGUGGAUUCAGAGGACGUGGUCGUGGUCGUGGACGUGGUGGAUUUAGAGGUGGACGUGGUAGAGGUGGAUUUAGAGGUCGUGGUGGACGUGGUGGUAGAGGAAGAGGACGUGGUGGAUUUAGAGGUGGUAUGAGUAAUGGAUCACCAUCAUCAAUCCCUCCAACAUCAUCUUAA